AUUAAGUUCAAAUUACUUGCUUUACUCAACCAGGUAAGCGAGAUGUUAUUAAAAACUAUGUAUCUGCUAUUCAGAAAUGUAUGAAAUACAGUAAUUAUGAUAAACGGAAACGAUGCCCCCUGGGGGCCAUUUACCCCGCCAUUAAAGGUCCCAUGGCAUGAAAUUUUCACUUUCUGAGGUUUUUUAACGUUAAAAUGAGUUCCUCUGACCUUCUUACAUCACCCCAGUGGCUAGAAAUUUCAUAAUGUGUAAACCAAACUAUGCCCACCCUUUGUCAACAUUUGAGAAUGGCGCGUCAAAAUGGCGCGUUGAUAGGCUCUUCCCUUUACUACGUCAGCAAGUGAGAUGAUCCCCACGCCCCCCCCUCUGGAUUCCCACCCACUGUAUGGAUUGCCCCGCCCAGCUCAAAAGUUGCCACCAAACAUGGAAGUUGCGCUGUACAUGGAUGUGACAACACAGAAAGGAGUCUGUUUUUACUGCCGACGGGAGAGCCCCUGAAGACGCAGUGGCUUAAUUUUAUUUACUCCAAUAAUACGCCGUCGAGUCUACCUAAGACGGUGUGUGUUUGUCGGAAGCAUUUUCCUGAUGAAUGUUUCCACAACUUGGGACAGUACAGGGCAGGUUUUGCACAUCAACUGUCACUGAAGCCUGGGUCUGUACCAAGCAUCCCUGCCGCAUCAGCCACAAACACCGAACAAAAAAAUAGAAAUGUCAUCCUGAUGAGCAUGCUACACAAAGACGCCACUGUCAGCACCACAGAGGACAGGAAGCCCCUUAUGAUCCAGGACUACAACAGGAACAAAGGAGGCGUUGACUGCCUUGAUAAGCUUACUGGUACAUACACCUGCAAGCGAAUGACAGCCCGCUGGCCUGUGGCAGUGUUCCACAACAUCCUUGAUGUGUUUGCAUGCAAUGCAUAUGUGGUGUGGACAGCGAUCGACCCAACCUGGAAUCAGGGGAAGUGUUUCAAGAGGAGACUCUUCCUAGCAGAGCUGGGGAAAGCUUUGGUGACUCCUCUUAUUCAAUGGCGCCAGCACAUUCCCCGCACACCAGCCUCUGCCAGUCUGGCUAGGAGUGUGCAAGCCCCAGCCGCUGCCCUGGCCGCUCUCCCCCAAAAAGGACAGGGGCAGAAAAGGAGGCGCUGUGAGUUCUGUGCCCCUCGAGACAAUAAAACAAGCCUGAGAUGCUGCAAAUUUGAUCGCUACGUUUGCAAGGCCCACUCUGACCUGAGUGUCAAAUGCCACUCAUGUCCAUAAAUUCACACACACACACACACACACACACACACACACACACACACACACACACACACACUUCAUGUUGAGGAGUUUGGUCUCUGGUUUUCCCUUUCUUUUUUUACAUUACCUUCAUUUUGUUAUAAAUUUU